AUGGAUAUUGGCGCCGGAUUCGAUAUGGACCCUCCUUUGUCUAAAGAAGUUGUUGACAGACAAAUCCGGGGACGAGAACAUCCCAAGCUUCCCUUUGAGGGCCAUAAAUUUGUGCGUUUCAGUCCGAAAGUCUCAGGGGCCAUCGCGAGUAGAUCAGGAGUGAAAUGUUAUAUUAAUACAGUUACACGUGUUGCGAGGGCGCAUUUUGGUUCGCGUGUUCAGUGUUGGAACGAAGGUGCCGACCAGUAUGGUGUCCAUGACUGGAAGAAAGUCCACGAGUCAAUCAGGUCUUAUGAGCAGCUGGGUAUCGUUGCCCGGUUCAGCAUAUCUAAAGGCACACAAAUUAUUUGCGAGAAGCCAUUUCUCAUAACUGUACUUAUGCCUCCUGACAAGCUGGAGUCGUUUCUCGCGAAGAAGUUAAAGGCAAUGUCAAAAGCAUCACAACGGCAGUUCUUUUCUCUUCACAACAACUUCCAUGGGAACGCCAAGAAGCACAAAACCAUCUACGCCAUUCGAUCAAUUGAGAGAGGAGCAGAAAUUACAAUUUCCUAUGAUCAUGGGGGAGCCUCAAGGGAACGACAGGUAUUUUUGAAAGACCCUUUCGGUUUCCGAUGCGUUUUUCUGGAGCAGGAGCUUGAUGGCUGUGCUAGUGCGAUGAUUGCUAGGCUCUACUACGACGCUUUCCACAUUAUCAUCGCGCAUGGGGAUCAAGCGCGGGCCAGUAUGUUUGCAGAGAGAGCUUAUAAGGCCAGGGUUAUCUGUGAGGGUGAGGAUAGUCCAGAGACACUGAGGGUGAAGUCUCUCGCAGUAAAGCCAGCAGAUCAUAACUAA